GUUAGUCGCGUUUUACAGGUCACUCGAAUACUUACUCAAAAUUUUCCAAAACGCGUUCAACCUAAAGACAACACACAAAAAUUGAGUGACCUGUAAAGAAACUUCCAAACUACACCCUAAACAUUAUUAAUUUUAAAUUUAUUCAUCGUGUUAUUUAUUUUGUGAAAAUCGUUUUUGAGUAUAUAUUAUUAUCGUCGUGUUCGUGUUCGUUUGAGUAUUGAAAAAUAAUUUAUAAAAAUGGCGGCGUGCAACUUUUUACCCAGCAGGGUAUUCGACAUGAACAGAAACUCCGAUACGCUUUCCGAGGUAUCAGAGUGCGGGACAGGCACAUCGGAAUGGAACUCGAAUUGGGACUCGAAGGAGGAAUUGAGGGACUUUCUAACGAAAUUGGGACUGAAGGACGUCUCGGACUUGUAUCAGGACAGAUUCAGAGUCGACAGGAAAAAACUCGAACAAAUGCUGACAGGUGACAAUGAGGCUCUCAUCCCAGCAGACGUAUUUUUUGCGAAAAUCAUGGAAGAUACAGACACUCAUAUCACUUGGCCAAAUAAGUUGAAGAUUGGAGCAAAAUCAAAAAAAGAUCCUCAUGUAAGGAUUGCUGGCCGACCAGAAGAUGUGAAAGCUGCUAAAGAAAGAAUUAUGACAAUUUUAGACACUAGAUGUAAUAGAAUAACAAUGAAAAUGGAUGUGAGUUAUACAGAUCAUUCGCACAUCAUUGGGAAAGGUGGUUUGAGCAUCAAACGCGUUAUGGAGGAAACUCAGUGCCACGUGCAUUUUCCCGAUUCCAAUCGUUCCAAUCCCACCGAGAAGAGCAACCAGGUGUCCAUAUCGGGAGACAUCGAAGGAGUCGAGAGUGCCAGAAGCCGUGUGAGAGAGCUUAUACCGUUGAUCUUCGGCUUCGAGCUGCCGAUCAUGUCGCAGAACGUCGACGCCACGUCCUCGUACGUGGUGAAGAUCCAGGAGCAGUACCGGGUGCAGGUGAUGUUCAAGACCAGGCCGAAGCUGCACGCCACCAUGGUGCUGGUCAAGGGGGUGGAGUGGGAGGUGGACCAGGUCAGAACGGCGACGCUCUUGCUCAUGGAUUUCCUGUGCGAGAAUCUAGCGAACCAAAUUCCGGUCCAGAUGUCGAUGGAGAUAUCCCCGCACCACCAUCAGGUGGUCCUAGGAAAGAACCACUCGAACCUGAAGGUCAUCAUGCAGUACACCGGCUGCCAAAUCAUGUUCCCCGACGCUCAGGAUCCUAACAUCCCUACGCUGAAGAAGAGCAACGUCAACAUAUCCGGUCGCAUCGACGAGGUGUACAAGGCGCGGCAGCUGCUGAUGGGCGGCCUGCCCCUCAUCGUCAUCUUCGACCUGCCCGAGGAAUCAGUCACUUUGCGCACGCGCCCCGACCAGAUCAACGAGAUCCAGAACAUUUGCGACGUCGCCAUCAACAUCAGGCAGAAGGCCAAGCAGAACACGAGGGCGUGCGUCAUCAAGGGGGUCGAAAAGAAUGCAGGCCACAUCUACAAAGCCAGGAACCUCAUCCUCGGCUUCGACGAGCCGGCCACCGUGGCGGACAUCCCGCCCGCCUACCACCUCCCCGCCCCGCUGUCUGCCGGCCCCGCCCCCGUGAUCCGCUUGCCACCCGCCUCGCCGCUGCUCAGUCCGCUCGCGUCUCCGUCGUGGCAGCACCAGGCCACGCCCACCGCGCAGAGUGGGGGAGGCGGGAUGGGUGGGGGCGGGGCGCCGUUCGUCGGCAUGGUGCAGCAGCCGCAGUUCGUGUUCAACGUGAUGCAGCACUCGAUGGCGAGCAGCGGAUAUCAUUCGUUGAAUCAGAGCCAAUUUGCCACCAACAGCUCCUUAUCGCUGGAACAAAGUGGAGAAAUGCCGACAUACUCGACAAUUUCCAGCAACAACAGCUCGAUAUCUAGCAACGUGUCCAGUCCGAGGAUUCCUACAUCGCCAUGUUACCGUCAAUUUUCCGAUUCGCAGUCUCACAAAAUGGAUUUAUCGUCAGUGCUGUCGGAGAUGAACAUCUCAGCGGGCCACCACCAAACGGGGGAGCCACGCCCAGACAAGGGCGCAGCGGGCUACGGUGACGUGGACAGCAAGCGACUAGCAGGCUUCAGGGCCAUGCAGAGCAGGCCGGUGGCCGGGUCGUACCGCACGCCGAACAACUCUUGGUCGGGGUACUACAUCAGCCACACCAGCCCCGCCGGAUUGGCAGACAAAAUCAACAAGAGCAAGAAGGACGACGACAUAUGGAACGCGGCGUCAGCCUCUCCCAAACGCAGCGACGCAGGCGCCGCGACGGCCGUCUCCCCAACACCCGCCCUCAGCACCAGCAACAUCGUAGACCACGCCUCCAGCCACCUAGUCGCCAGCCUCAUGUGCUCCGAGUGGACCGACCUGGCCGGCAUGCUCACCUCGCUGGGCCUCGAGAGGUACAUCGGAGUGUUCACCACGCACGAGAUUGAUCUGACCACUUUUCCCACGCUCACCGACAAGGAUCUCAUGGAAAUCGGGAUUAACGCUUUCGGGGCGCGCAGGAAGAUAUUGCUGGCGAUAUCAGAAUUGAACAAACGAUCGAAUUCGUUUUCUGCUGCCCCAGGCGCUGAAAGGAAAAACUCUCCCACCAAAUCAUCUGUGUUUGGGAGUCCUCUUGCUAAAUGGUGAUUCUCAACUUUGUGAUCGAUCAUAGAGGUACGCGAUCUGUACUAAUCAUUUUCUAUGCUAGUUAAGGUUUUUGUUAUUUGAUUUAUAAUCUGAAAACCUGGUUUGGGUAGAAAGGUAUAGUGACGUUUUUUAAUUGUAACAUUUUUUGUCAUGAAGAAAUAAUUUAUUAUUAUAAAAAACUAUUUAUAACUGUGUUUUCAGCUUUGCAUUCAAAGCUUUUUGUUGUAUUGCAUGAUCAAGCAUUUGAAUUAGAUAGUUAUUUCAUAUUUUGAAGGUUCUGAAAAUAUUUCAUGGUUUCUAUGAAUGGCUUGUUCCAUGAAUAAAAUUAUUAUUCAAAAUAGUUGUUAGCAAUACAAUUUCAGUGAACAAAUGCUCGCCAUAAAAGACCUGAAUAUUUUCAAAUACAAUUUUAUAU